AUGGAUAGAAAAUCUGCUAGAAUAAAAGCAGAGUUGCAAAGAUAUGGUUGGAGAGUUUCGAAGAAGUUUAAAUAUAGGAAGGGAAGACCCAUAAAAGUCUAUGACAAAUUGUCUGGUCUUCGCUACGAAAUGGAUUUGGAAACAGCACGUGCAAAUUAUCCAAACAGACUAGAGAGGUUAGAAGAAGAACGUCUUAUGGACAUGCCUUUCGAUGUUAGUGAACCUCAAGUUGAAGGACACGACGGCUUUGCCAGAUUCUACUGGAAACAUGACGAACAAUUGCAUCCUUUGAGAAGGAAAAAAGGUAGUGCAGAGGAUGGUCAUGCUCCCAUGGAAAGAACAAGAUAUGCAUAUGAGAAGUAUCGUGAAGUUAGAAGUCAAAUUACAUCUGGUCGAACCUUUACAGUAAACUUUGACGAAGGAAAGAACAAAGAAGGCUUCAUGGGAGUACUUGCUGCAAUUCAAGACGGAAAUAAGAAAGGACACAAUCUCAGAUUGACCAUAACAGAUUUGGAUGGUCACAUUUACUAUGCAUAUGGCAAUGUCACAACAGCUGCAAUGCUUCUUGACGCUUUCAAGACUACAAAGAGAGAACAAAUGGUUGACUCCGACUCAGACAUUUUGAAUGCAAUUGAAGGAAUUGCAAGUGUCAAGUUCGAAUGGUACCAACCUAACCCUCAAGCAGUCAGACAACAUGCUGGAUACUUCCCCUUCAGAAAUAAGUCUGACAUUGACUUGACAAG